AUGAGAGUAUUCAUUUAUUUCUUAUCAAUUUUGACUUUUUCAUAUGUGAUCGAUAUUCAAACAAUUUUUAUACGAAUAAUUACUCGAGAUAAAUAUACACUUCAAUGGCUGAACAAUUUUCCAUUCUUAUCUCAAUCAAUACGUGAAUUUUGGGGUCGAAGAUACAAUCAAAUCAUUGGUACAAUUUUAAAAGAAUCACUUUUUCUACCUCUCAAUUUGUAUAUACCUUCUCGAUCAAUUGUGGGUUUAAUAACAUUUAUUAUUAGUGGCCUUCUACAUGUUCAUAUUGCUCUUGUUGCUUUUGAAGAUAUAUCGUCAGUCCUGCCCACAUUUGCCUGUUUCUUACUCAAUGGCAUUGCAUGUUGUAUAGAUGCACAUCUACCAAUUAACUUACCACCACUACUUGGAUGGUUAAUGACCCAUAGUGUACUUUUUGUUACAGCACCAAUGUGUCUUGGACCGUUUGCUCGAGAUAAAGAUGUAUUUUUUGGUGUAAAUGAAUUGUUGUCCUAUGAUGAUGAUCAAUGGAUUUCAAAAUUACCUAUGCCAAAGAAUUGUCCCAAAUGA